UAGCUGCCCUAAGCCUCGGGCUCCCGAGAGUCCCGGCAGCCACGGGCUCCUACACACUCCCGCAGCCGGAUACCCUGAGCGCCCGGCAUGAACCGCAAGAAGCUGCAGAAGUUGACCGACACCUUAACUAAAAAUUGCAAGCAUUUUAAUAAAUUUGAAGUGAAAUGUCUUAUAAAUCUUUUUUAUAAUUUGGUGGGAGAUGUAACAGAGCGGCAAGGUGUGGUCAUUGGACUGGAUCGUAAUGCAUUUCGAAACAUCUUGCAUGUAACAUUUGGAAUGACAGAUGACAUGAUUAUGGACAGAGUAUUUCGAGGUUUUGAUAAAGACAACGAUGGUUGUGUGAAUGUAUCAGAAUGGAUUGUUGGAUUAUCAUUGUUUCUUCGAGGAACUUUGGAAGAAAAAAUGAAAUAUUGUUUUGAAGUGUUUGAUUUGAAUGGUGAUGGAUUCAUUUCAAAGGAGGAAAUGUUCCACAUGUUGAAGAACAGCCUUCUCAAACAGCCAUCUGAAGAAGACCCUGAUGAAGGAAUUAAAGAUCUGGUUGAGAUAACACUUAAGAAAAUGGAUCAUGACCAUGAUGGGAAGCUGUCCUUCUCAGACUAUGAACAAGCCGUAAGAGAAGAGACUCUUCUACUGGAAGCUUUUGGACCAUGUCUACCUGAUCCAAAGAGCCAGAUGGAAUUUGAAGCCCGAGUGUUCAAAGAUCCAAAUGAAUUCAAUGAUAUGUGAAUACCUAAAUGUCUGUGUUAUCGCAAAUGAGAAAAAAAGAGGUGUAUAUGUAUUGUGUUUUUUCUACUUAGCUCAGGAAGAUGAUGUUGAAUUGUAUGUUUGGCAUGGAGGAUUGUGUUCACUUACAUAAUAUCAUUCAACGUUGGUGUAAAAACCAAGUAAAGUAGAUGGAAGACAAGAUGUUCCUUAUUAGAUGUUGCUGGAUUUGGCAAGACAAGUUAACAUUGCUAGAAAUAUUUUAUACCUAGACAAUCUCUUGAAGCAUAUAACUGUCGUAAAACUUUUGUAAUUAUGAAAUGAAUAGAGAGAUUAUAUAAUCAUGAAUUAUUUUUCAUGUCAGAAAAAUGCUGAGCACAAAUUUAAAAAUCAUUAAAACUACUGAAUUUCCUUUGGAGCAGUAAAUAAUUAAGAUAACAUCAAAUUAUACUGGCGUUUAGCAUUAAAUACCUUUCUGCUAGAUCCUGAGGGAGAUUCAGGGAGAUGAAAGUAACAUAUAACCUAUUUUAACAUGAUCUAUAUUAUUGUUUGAGGCUUUGCCAUAACAACCUGACUGAAUCGUGUCUGAGAGCAGGGGUCUCAUCACACUCUUCGUUAUCUCUGCCGUAGCAGUUACUACAGUCCUCUGCACAGAAUGGGCACUCAAUAAAUACCAUGUAUAAAGUA